AUGGAGGAUCAUAAGCAAACGAGUUUUACUUUUGAGAUAGAUAACUUCUCCGAUAAGGAAACUGUUUUACAAUCUCCAAAAUUCUUAAGCGGUGGCUGCUUAUGGUAUGUUGAGUUAUUUCCCAAAGGAUAUAAUGUUGAUGAUCACUUGUCUAUCUACCUUUGUGUGGCGAAUCCUGAAUCAUUGCGACUAGGAUGGAAACGACGAGCUACGUUUUCUUUUGUUCUAUUGAAUAAAUCAGGCAAAGAGCUCCACAAAACAGCUGGGUUUUUGGAGAAGAACAAACUUCUAGUUAAAGUGGAAGUAAAAGUAGUUGAAGUUGUUGAUGAAGGAGUUGUCACUGGUAAUGAGACCUUAAAUGUCUACGGUUUCCGAGUUCUUUAUUCUCAGGCUAUGGAAGUGAGUAGGCUUUUCUUGGAACACCCUGACAUUGCCGUGAGUUUUAGACCAAAGAACAAAUUGGUGAAGACAACAUACAUGAAUCUCCUUCUCGGUCUCAUAGAGUCACUUAACAAGCCUCCACAUAGCAUCACACAGACUGAGCUAAGAAACGCUCAGAGCGAGUUGAUGGAUCUAACAGAAGCAGGAUUCAGCCUAGAUUGGUUGAAGACAAAGCUUGAUGAGGUUUCCUUGGAGAGGAAGAAAGCAAAUGCUGAUUGUUUUCGAGUCCGAGAACUCGAGGAACACAUCAAGAAUCUCGAACCUGAACUGAACAGGGAGAAGAUGAAAUCUUCUACCUACGCUACUCAAGUUGUGUCGUUGGAGCAUACGCUGCGUACCAUUUCACAGAUAUCAGAGCUGAGUCGAACAAGAACACUCGCUAAUUCUCCUGGAAAUUUAGGUAUUUUCUAA